AGAGCGUCGGCGUGCCGCGUCUUCCUGGGCAUUAUUAUCGGGCAUGAGUUCCAGCCAGGCAGAUAGUCGGCGCAGCGGCCGUAAGCGGCGUAAGACUGGGCCGGACUCACGCUACAGUUGGGUGGUUGCUCUGGCGUGUGGCGGUGUGAAUGUCUUCAUGCAUGCCUCCAGCAAAGUGGUGGGCCUGCUUUUCUUCGGCAUGCUCGACCAGUUCACCGAAAGUAGAGAGACGGCUGCGUGGCCACUUGUCCUCAACAACACGCUGCUCAACGUUGCAGCGCCAGCCUUUGGUUUCCUGUCCAAGUUCUUCCCCAUUCGCAACAUCAUCCUGCUGUCAUCGGCGAUCUCAUCGGUGUCCGUGGCGUUGUGCUUCUUCGUCUCGGACGUGUUCUACAUCUCCCUGCUUUUCGGCGUUAUACAUGGCGCAGCUACCUGCGGGGCCGUGUUGAUGACACAGGUGUGCAUCAACCAGCACUUCAUACGGAGGCGCGGUACGGCGGCCGGCGUUGUGUCGGCCAUCUCCAGUCUCAACUGCGUCAUAUUCCCGCCACUGUACGAGUACUGGGUGAGCCACUACGACCUGCAUUGGAGCUUUUUGCUACUCGGCGCCAGCAUCUUGAACUCUAUGGCGUUCGGCUUGCUGGUGCGUUCCCCAAGCUGGCUGAUCGUCGACCCGGUGGACUAUUCUAAACGCCGCAAGAGCAUAUUCACGCGCGCCAACGUGGCCAACAAGGGUCUGGCUAGCUGGAUCACGCACUUCAGUGAGGAUAACAGUGACUCGUCCGACGAAGAGGGGCACCUGGAGGCCUCUCGCCACCUGUCGGGCUCGGUGCGCUACUUCUUCAGCGAGGGUGGCGGCAUCUCCACCGCGGACAGCCAGACGCAGAUCGAGAUGACGCCCGUGCGCCCCGUCGCCGGAAAUCAUGGGCAGGUGGCGCACCAGCUGCUCAUCCGCACGCCCGACCCGUUGGUGACCAUUCCGACCGGGUACACGCUCUGCAAGCCCCUGGAACCAACACGUGGUGGCCACUUUCAGCUGAAGCAGGAUGACGACGAGGGCGACAAGAGGCACAAGUUCUGGAAGGUUGCAAAGACCUUCCUCACCAUCUCCUUCUGGCACCUGACGCUCUCGCAAUUUCUCGUGCAGUUCGGCCUAGGUGUGUUUUUACUCACCAUUAUCGACUUUUCAAAUGACUGCGGCAUAGGUGCAAAGGACUCGGUGUUCUUCAUGACGUCUUUCUGCAUCGGGGACAUGCUGUCCCGUGUGCUGACAGGUCUCAUUGCCGACAGAGGAUCAGUCUACUUGGAGUUUGUGGUGGCCUUAGCGUACGUUCUCCAGGGCGUCUGCUACGAGUUCAUGUGCUACAUUAAAAGCUACCUUUACCUACUCCUCUUGACCCUGGGCAUAGGCAUCAGUCACGGCUCGAGGAUCUUCCUGCUGCCCAUUUUCCUCACCAGAAGCUUCGGACUUCGGGGACUCUCUGUCAAUCUCAGUGUCGCUACCUGCAUCUGCGGUCUCUUGGCAUUAUUAAGACCGUUGCUCAUUGGCUACUUCAGAGACCAACAGGGCACUUACAAGGGUCUGUAUCAUCUCAUCUGCAUUGUGAAUAUGGCAGUAGCCGUCACGUGGUUCAUCAAAAUGCUACUCAUCCGCAAGAAGGACAGAAUCCAACUUCAAGGAAUCUAGAUAGCUGACCAUGUAAUUUUUAUAAUCAAGGACUGUGAUCGUGUCGACGAAAACGAUGGCUAUCAAGAUCGCGUUCGGCAGAACUAUUUAGUAAUUCGUAAUUCCUCCGUACCUGCUUGCAGCAAACGAAUCCAACAAUGCUUUGCGAGAAUAAACAUAUUUGGUUUUUCCCUGCACUGAGCAAGAUGUAAGAAAGGAGAGAGAAAGAGUAAAAAUAUAGUCGCGCAAGGC